UUUCAAAUGUCAUCGAGGUGCUGCUUUCAGAUGUCUGUCAUACGAAGUUGUGUAACAAAUUUUUCAAAAAAUUGAUUAAUUAAAUAACUUAAACAAUGCUGUUUUACAAAUACUACGAUACUCCUGAAGGUCAGGACAUAUAUAAGAAAGCUUUCGUCACAUCCAAAUAUGCAGCUCUCACAGGUCUUGGAAUAGGAACAUACGAUGUGUUGAUGUAUUCUCAUCCGAAGGGGCUCUUUAAUACGGCUUAUCGUUUUGGGUACUUCAUAGUCCCGAUGGUGGGAAUGGCUACGACUUUUGCAGUAACAGCUAAUGCUAUACAGAACUACAGAGGCAAAAAUGACGAGUUGAAUUACUUCUUGGGCGGCGCCGCUUCAGGAGCCUUGUUCGCUGUCUGGCAGCGAUCUGGACUUAUCGCACUCCCCGCAGCUGUCGUUCUCGGCGUUGCGGCGGCCAUAAAGAAACAAGCAUACGACAAUAACUUCACCUUCUUCCCUCAAAUCAAAUAUGCUACCAAGUCGGCUGUAAACGUUAAAAGUGAUUGGUCCUUGGUCAAAGACGUUGAGGAACUGAAAACAUGGACCACAGGUUCACAGUAAUGUCCGUGUACAGAAGAUGAAAAUUGAGCAUAGUUUGUAAAUAACAUCAAUAUUGUGAUAAAAUAAAAAUAAUCAAA